AUGAUCGACUAUAUGAGUCUUGCGCUUUACGGCGUACCGCUGGCUUACAUCAGUACCAAAAUUAUCUCCUAUCUUGUGUGGUACUUUAGGACUUUGAAUGAAAGUGUACGGUUUGCAGCUGCGUCGCCAAUACCUUAUGUUACGAUCUAUUCGACUCGGGCCUCUACCAUUUUCUGGUUGAUGUCACCAUAUUUUGCUCCUUUCUUCGAGGCCUUACCUUUUGGUUGGGGUCAGUGGAUCAGAUAUGUUCGAAUGGACUUUGAUUGGUGGUAUCAAUGCCCGGCUCGUAGGGAACUCGGGUCUGAUGUUUAUUGGGUUGCCUCUCCUGGAGGCCUGUGCUUGAUGGUCACUGACGCUGAUGUUAUCUCUGAGAUUGCUCACAGAUGGAAAGACUUCGGGAAGAUGGUUGAACCAUACCGCACCCUAGCGGUAUUUGGACAGAAUGUUGUCACAUCAGAAGGUACCACUUGGCAACGGCAUCGAAAAAUUACAGGCCCUCCAUUUAAUGAGAAGAAUAGCAGCCUUGUGUUUGCGGAUAGUAUUGCUCAAGCUAAAGCAAUGCUUGCUUCCUUCACGAGUGACGCAGAUGGUAAGAGAUCAUCCCCAGGGAAUGAGCCCGUUGUCGAUGAUCUCCUUCACUGGACCAUGACUGUUACAUUGCACGUACUCUCAGGCGCAGCGUUCAGUCUCAAGAUGCCAUGGCCCACGAAAUCUAUCGCGGCUUCAUCAGAAGAUCAAUUCAACGAGCCUCAUUCAACGUUCAAGAUUACCGAGAAACACACGAUGUCAUUCCAACAGAGUGUGGAUAGCCUCAUGGACUAUCUCCCGUUCAUCAUUUUCUUUCCGUCCUGGCUUCUGCGAAACUCCCCACUUUCUGUAAUGAGAAAGAUGCAGCAUUGUGCGGAUGAAUUUAGAACAUACAUGUCCGAACUCAUUGGGGACAACCAAGACGCUGAGAACGCUAGUAGAGGAGACUUACUGGGAAGUAUUGUUAGAGCAGGCUCUGCAGAGAAAACCACUUGGACUGAAGAAGAGACCAUCGGGAACAUCUUCGUCUUCAUCUUGGCUGGCCACGAGACUACAGCUUCGACGUUACAGUCAGCUAUAAUCAUGCUUGCCUGCCACCCAGAAUACCAACAACAAGUUCAAGACGAACUCGACAGCAUUUGGUCUGACAAGAAGCCAGGCGAGGACUGGGUGUACGAAGACUACCCGAAAAUGCGUUGUGUGAUGGCUUUGAUGUUUGAGACUUUACGUAGAUAUGCGCCCGUCAAUCUACUUCCAAAGCACGCGAGAGAAGCUCAAUCCUUCACGUACCGUGGUCAGACUGUCCAUGUUCCUGCAGGUACCGAUAUCAGCUUGGCAGUAGUCUCUACGCAGCACAAUCCACUUUAUUGGGGUGAAGAUGUAUGGGACUUCCGACCUUCACGCUGGCUUAUGCCUCCCGGCUACUUCCCACCUCCGAACUCUUCAAACGAGUCUCCCCCGCAUGAGAAUUUGUACUGCCCGCCUAAAGGAGCUUUCCUAGCUUUCAGUGCUGGGUUCAGAGCUUGUUUGGGGAAGAAAUUUGCUCAGGUUGAGUUCAGCACAUUAGUCGCGGUGCUCUUCAAGGAGUACAGUGUGGAAUUGGUCAAGGAGUCGAAGGAUGAGACGUGGGAAGAAGCGAGGGAUAAGGCGAUGGCGAAGAUGCACGAUAGGACCACCGGUAUUGCGUCGAGAAUGAAGAGCAAGGUCAAGGUGAGGUUCGUGAAGAGGGGAAGCGAGAAGUUCCCUCCGAGGUCCUGA